AUGCGGCCUGCGGCAAAGAAUUGUCAUACAACCACCGGGAAAUGGGUAAGUAACGCAAAAUUGUGAUGAAUAGAGAAGUGUCAGUCUAUGCACUUUAUGAAAAUAUCAAUAUCAGACUGUCGGGAAAAUAAUGAGCAAUCUGUCUCGCAUCGAAAAUUGCAUCGCCGGCGAAAAAAUUAAUCAAAUUGUGGCAAAAUCGAAUUGCUUUUCACUUCAGCAACCUGAUUGGCGUAGUGAACUUGUGCUGAUUAAUUCCAUAUUAAUUUUCCGACAGACUGAUACUCAAGUGUCACUCGUAUUUUGAUAGAAAUUCAGGAGGAUAUUAUGACCACUUCUUAUGUAUUUUUUGGUGACUUUGCAGGCCCUUCUGUCUGCAUAAAAAAUCAUUCCUUUUCAUCAGAACGCUCUCCAAAUUUCGCACAUUCAGCCGAAAAGAUCGUUGAAUAUUUCGACAUCGCCCGCAAAGCGCAAGCUAAAAUUUUCAGGCAUUGAUAUGUAUUCUAGGCAGAACUUUUAUGGUAAAUUUCAAGGCAAUCUGGGGAUUGUCUCACAAAAAAUUUUUUAUUUUUUCUAUGCCCAUAAAGCCGAAAAUCCGAUGGAUUUUGGGUUUAUUUUUUAACGGCCAAAUCCAGACGUUUUUUCAUCCCGCCACCCCCAACAUCCGACAGCAAAAAACAAUAAAAUUUUCGCCAAAAAACAUUCCAUUGUAGGCUGCUGAUUUGUGUGUCAGUCUGUCGGGAAAAUAAUGUGCAUUCUGGCGGAUGGAAAAUUCGCAUAGCCGUUGAGAAAAUGAAUUGUGACAAAAUCAAAUUGCUUUUCACUUCAGCGAAUCGGUCGGCGCAUCGACAUUGUGCUCAUUAUUUUCCCGACAGAUUGAUAUUGAAGCAAAUUGGUAUAAUUUUUUUGGGGCUUUUUGUCAUCAUACAACCAGAUAUGCACAGUGGAACCUUUCUACAACGAACAGGACAUCAAAAUUUUUUUUUCGUUAUAGGAAGGGUUUGUUUUACGGAGGUUUAUUUUGCACAAAAAAAUUUUUCAAGGAUUUCAAAAAUUGUCUAUACCAUUCUGUUGGGAAAAUAACGUGUAUUUGUUCGCUAUUUUCCCCCACCGACUGAGAUUUUUGCCUAUGAAAACCGGAUUUGGCGAAACGCAAUUGUUUUGGCGGCGCUCAAAGUUAAUGUCAUGCGGAUUGCGGUCGUCUCAAAUGACACGAAGAAAACAUAAAAACAUGGACUCCGGAUGAGCUUUUGAGACGGGGUGAAAAGACGGGUUGAGAGUUCAAAAUUAAACGGGAUUUGUUGCACGGGAGAUGCACUCUUGUUUUGGCCGAAUUUCUGAUAAAUUUAUCAUCUUUUGUUGGAGAAGGCGGAUGACAAAGCUGAUUUUGUUUUGCAAACAAUGAUGGGGGAUUUCGAAAUUGGGAUGUGAUUUGGCGGGGUCCAAUGACUUGGCCAGCCGUAAUUAGGAUUCGGGCUGUAAGAUUUUUGUAGCCGGGAUCUCAGCGGUUUCUAAGCAGCGCUAGAAAAACACACUGAACGAGGACUCUUCAGUUUCCUCAAAUUUCACGAUUAUAGUGGAAAAUCUGUGGAAUCGGCGAAAUGCGGUCAACCCACGCACAGUGAUGAAUGAAUGGGAAGGGACUCAAAAAUGCGUUUGCUAUAAAAGAGUUUCGCUCAAUGAACUCUUCAUCUAGGUCUAAAAUUGACUCUCAGGACAUCUGACAUUGUUUGAUGUAGACAUGCGUUGUUGUACGGGAAAAUUGCACUUGUCGUAAUAUCAAUUUCUAAUAAUAGUACAAUAAGUAAAUAUUACAUCAGAGAAUAUAAGAAAAGUCGUUUCCCUAGCUGUCGCUAGGGGAAUCGCUUCCUCGAUGCAGCCGGAAUCCUUACUUUUAUAAAAUUCUGGGCGGAGAAACUUCUUGAUUUAUAGUUUUUUUUGCAUGGAUCUGUGUUAGUUCGGGAUUGGAAACAUUUUAUUUCAUAAGCGCCUUGCUCAGUGUUCACUAGAUGUUCACAUGUCCAAGUCGUUUCUUUCAGCAUCUUUCUUUCAUCAGAUCUUCAUCUGCGUAUCUUCUGUUUUAUCCUCUCUUUAUUUUGUCAGAUCAAGCAGUCAUUACACGUGAGUUAUUUGUAAAAAUUCGCUCGAAAAAUCUACAGAGUGAUUUCAGCGACAUGAACUGUGCUGAAAAAUGUCAUGAUGCGAGCGACAGCCCAAAAAAGCCUAUUGCAAGGUGCGAAAAGCAAGAAAUUGCAGAGUACAGAGUGAACUUUUGUUUUUGCACAGUGCAUGUCACCUAAAUCACUACACAAAAACCAAUCUGAAAACAAAUUAGAUUAGUUCAUGAACGCAAGUCCCAUGAACUGCUAGUACCUGUCCUUAACACAUUCUGCUCACCAACCCACACGUAUAAAUCGAAAAUCAGCCUUGUUUUCGGAUCAUCGCGUCCAACUCGGCCAUACUCCCAAGUUCAUCCAACCUUUCGCACAUACGUUCCGCCAUUAGCGGCAAAACAAAUUCCUGCCCUCGCCCCGAUUGUUCUAAGCUAGUGCGUGCGAACGCGGUGACAGCUGAUCGCUCAUUUCUGAGCAAGUAGGUGAUAAAAGGUGAUGCAUUCCGCCUUCCGGAUGGAUAAAUAGUUGACAGUCGGCCGAGGGGCGCUUGGGUCGUGGGGGUGAGAUAAGUAAAGGGGAUUGUGGUCAGAGUUUUGUUUCAUGUUCCACAUAAACCGAUGGGCACAAGAAGGGCACUGAGAUGGGGGUGACAAGUCGUGGGUUUGACAUGAGUUAUGCGAACUGCAAACUUAUGACUUGUUCGAGGGAUAUGCUACAAGGUUGAGUUGGGACUGGGAUUCUUUUUAUACAUUUAGGCUGUCGGGAAAAUAAUGAGCAUAAUGUAGCUGCGCCGAUCGUGUCGUUGAAGUGAAAAGUAGUUUGAUUUUGCCGCGAGGCAAUUCAUUUUCUCAGCGGCGAUGCAAUUUUCGAUGCGACAGAGUGCUCAUUAUUUUCCCGACAGACUAUUAUUUUUUGCACCUACUUCUCAGCGUCAACUGCCCUGCAAAUUUACACUGUGCGAAUUUGGCGCUGUUCGCCGCCGCGCAGCAAACCAUUUUGGCCAAAAAAACGAUUUUGCAUAGUGCGUUUUCAUUUUUUUUUUGCGAUUCCCAUUUUGUAGCGAUAAGCCAUAAAUUCCCGGGACUUUUGGCGGCCAGAGUAUAUAGCAUAUAUGUUGCUUUUCGGCCGUUUUGAUUCCUUUUAUAUUCGAUUAUCACUCAAAGUACGCUCAGAAACUUUGCCCUUCUUACACUUACUAUGUGUGAUAUAGAACAUUCUAAAUUCAAUUUGUUUAUGCCACUUUUUAUUCACAUGUUUGUACAUAUCAGCGCUAUACUUGGAAAUGUCGGCUUAUUUUUUAUAGCUGCCUUACAGCUUAUUUUCGGAAUCCAAUUUUGCCGUUGGGCCGCUAUGUCAUCGCUACAUCAUAACGGUCAUUCCAAAGGCGAUUUAUUGGAUAGAAAUCCGAUAUUAUUUAUAAUUUUGUAGCCCGCACACAUUUCUCCUCCUCAUUACACGUAUUUAAAACAUUUCCCACCGCAUUUUCACGUUCCAUUGGCAAUAAAAAAUGCCAUCUGUUCGAAGAGCAAAAACAAAUUUAGCCGAAUUUUCAAUAGCCUUCGGGUCAAAUUGCGGUCAACAGAAAAUGAAACGCCGCGGGGCUUUUAAAAUGCAAAAUUUGAAACAUUUUAUCUCAAGUCUUUCGUUUCGUCCAUUUUUUUUAUAUUUUUUUUGCGGGGGACUUUAGAGAUGUUGAAAUGUUUUGGGGAUUUGGGAUUUCUCGGACUUUUUUUUAUGUAUCAGACUGUCAGGAAAAUAACGAGCAUAAUGGCGCAUCAAAAAUCUCAUCACUACUAUUGAUUUGUAUGUCAGUCUGUCAGGAAAAUAACGAGCACAAUGUUGCAUCAAAAAUCGCAUAGCUACCGAGAAAAUGAAUUGUGUCGCGACAAAAUCAAAUUCCUUUUCCCAUCAGCGACGCACUAGGCGCAGCGACAUUCUGCUCAUUAUUUACUGGACAACCUGGUAUUGAAAAAAGUUGCUUCAAUUUUUGGGGCUUUUAGUCAUCAUAAAAAAUUGCUACUAUGAAAUAUCUUGGAGUUUUUAAUCGUCAUAAAAGAUUCACUGUACGAAGUAUGUACAGUGAAAUCUCCCUACAACGAAUUGCAAGGGAGAUUAAAAGUUUUCUCGUUAUAGGAAUUUCUUUGUUUUACAAAAUUUUUUUUGUCCUAAUUGUAAGAUAAUUUUUUCCGGGGAUUGCAAAACUAGUUUAUAUUAAUCUGUCGUAAAAAUAAUGUGGAUUUAACGCGCUUUGGAAUCUCCCACCACCACUUUGCGAUGGCUAGCCGCGGAUGGGGAUUUGAUCAAUCCACAUUAUUUUCCCGAUGACAAUAGACAGAUUUUUUCCUGUAUACACUGGAAGUGCGCCGUAAAGAAAUCCACUGAGUCCAUCCCUAUUUUAAACUCAAAAUCUCAAUGUUUUCCAACCAAAUGUAGUGCAUUGUUUACUCCCCAAAGCCUUGUUUUUUCCUCUCCUAAUUUUCCAAACCUUAUAAAACUGUUAUUUCCGCCCAAAUUCACAGUGUUUCUCGGCCGCAUGCAGGACGACUGCCGCAAGGAGCGUGAGGCCUUUCUUUUGAUAAAAUCUUCUCCUCCGUUUUGCGGCUAAUAUGAGGCGUAUAAACGUCAUUCAUAAAAAUUUUCCGACGAUUUUUUUAAUAGGGAAAGUGGUCAAAGUGCUGGGACUAGAUUUUAAAGAAACUCGGCGCAAAUUUUUCAAAAUUUUUUCCUCAUGAAACAGGCAAGAUCAUAGUCAAAAAACUUUUUUUUUCUCUGGCCCGUCUCCGCAUUUCGCAUACUCUCUCGGCUUUAAAGAUCGUUGAAUAUCUUGGCUACCGCCGCAAAGAGCGAGCUAAAAUCUUCUGAAACAUCGUAGCACAUGCCCAAUCUUGUGUGAAAAAUUUCCAGGGCAACACUUUGAACUUUGAACACUUCCCGUGUCAAAUGAAAGACAUUCUUAUUCAAAGACUCUUAUUUCAAUUAAUUCAUUGCCUUUCAGCUUCACAUGUGCAAGUGUCUUCGUCUAAAACACAAGUGUCAAUGCAGUUUCUAUUUGGUUUGUGCGGCGUUGUCAUCGUUUGCCCUCAUGAUGGCGACGAUAAUCAUAUUUGUAAUCGAAACGAAACGAGGGACAAUCCAGGAAAUGUAUAUAGUUUCAACUGUAAGUUUCCGACGAAUUUCUUACAUAACAUUAAAUUACAUACAUUUGGAAGUCAUCAGGGACAAUAUGGAAUACAGUGGAACCCUGUAUAACAAAUUUACGUACAACAAAACCCGUCUAUAACGAACAGUUUUAGAUGUCCCAAGAGCAAAUUUUAGGCCAAAAAACCUUCGAUAAAACAUAGACCUUCUAUAACAAAUAAUUUUUUUGGUCCCUUGCGAUUCGUUGUACACAGGCCUUACUGUAUUUUAUAACACAAAAUCAUUCUAGAUGCACACCGGACUGACCUUGACUUUUCACAUGACAUCAUUCAUCUUGACUGUCUUGGUGCUGGCUUUUCAUGUUGACAAAAUACUCAAAAAGAGCUACGGAUUUCAAAGCUUGGAGAAGAAUCAACUCUGUAUACUAACUUGUAAGUACGGCUCAAUUAGGCAACAAGGCCGGAUAUAUACUUGCAUGUUUUUACCAAAAAUUUUCAGGCGGUCUAAUCGCUCUCCUCCUCUUUAUCGGUGCCAUUGUAGCGACGAUAAUGAAUAUGACAUACGUCUUAGUCAUCGGAUCCUAUUUGGUUUUGGACUCCGUGGCUUUUAUGCUUUUGUGUAUCACUUACUACAAACAACGGGAAAAAGUAAGAAACUUUGGCCUCUAAAUAUUCAUAGGCAUUUAAUGUUGACCGAGCAUUUCGGAAAGAAAUACAAUAUUAUAUGUAAUAUUAUAUAUCAAAUCAGAGAUCACAACCGUGCCCUAUACGUGUAGGAAUCGAGAAUAAUCGAAGUGAAAACUUAAACCAACAUUUUUAGAUGGAAAAAUUCGUGGAAUUCACGUUAACCAUGAACCGAGCCGAAGGUCUCGUACUGACAGAGCAGCACGCCCUGGAUUUAUGCCGAUUACAAGCUGGAGAAGCGGAAUUCAAGGCCAUGGUACAAACGGGCCGCUAUCGCCAACAGCUCGAAACGAUCCGAAUCGCUGAAUAUUAUCAUCUGCAAAAGUGGUAAGCCAGGAAACUUUUCCGACCAUGUCCUAAUUUUUGCGGUUUUUCGAACAAAUUUUUGCAACCAUUUGGAAAAUAUAGACGCUUUGGGAAGAGGACAACUAAGGAAGUAGAUAACAUCAGUCUGUCGGGAAAAUAGUGAACAGAACUUCGCAUCGAAAAUCGGUGCGGUAAAAUCAAGUUUCUGAGCGACGUGAUCGGAGGAGCGACAUUGUGCCAUUAUUCUCCUGACAGACAAAUAAAAAAUAUUUUUUCGCUUUUCUUGGCUAGCCAAAAAAACAACUGGCUAAUCCAUAUUCAAAAAAACUCCACUGGGAGUCUCAUUUCAACUUGCCGUGCCCGUAAUUGGCCCUAAACAUCAUUCUAGUCUGUCAGAAGGUCUGAAGCUCGGAAUGUUCAUAAAACAGCCUCUAAAAUGUGCUGUAAAGGUUUGAUGAAUCAACUAAGGACAUGAAAAUUUCAAAGAGACCACACGAAUGGAGUCUUUAUGGGGAUGGAAUGGCAAAAUGUGCUUUUAGCUAGCCAAAAAAAGCUAAAAAAACUUAUUCUUUUACUCUCAAAUUUUCUACUUGUCCCUUUCCACGUUGCCUGGCAUUGUUUACUUCCAGGUGCGCCGAGCUCGAACGUCUUAAGCAAGCGGAAGGCCCCGACCUCAAACUGCAAAGAAUCGACCAUCUAAUCAAGGAGAUGGAAGAACGCGCCAAUGUUUUCGGACUCAACGCUUUAGAGGCGAUCCGCUGGCGCGAGCUGGCCUCAUUCCCAAAACUUUUACUUCCCGAUGACCGUGAGGGCAGCGAAUACACGGACAGCUUGAGAGAUGAAGCCAACAGUUCCCGACCAUUCCUAUCAAAAUCCGUCUACUCAGAUUUAACGAUUCACAAUGGAUUCUGUAAUCAUUCUUUACAGCCAUGA